AUAGUGCGUUAAAAAUACGCACGACCACAUCAACGUUCUUCGCGUGCUUACUCACACGCCUUUAAACGCACAGUUUGUUAUCGGGCAGCAAAACAAGGGCCGCUAGAGAUGCAUUCGUAAUAGUAUAGUGUAAACCGUGGUCACGCACUGUAGCAAACGGUAUGAGCACCGACGAGAAGUACGUCUUCUAUGGAGGAUCGUUGGAGGAACCGAUCGAAGCCGGCUGUCGUUCGCUGGGUGAACUGAUCAUCAAACGUUUGAAGGAGAACGGAAACGGGGUAGCAUUCAUCGAUGGCAUGACAGACGAAAAGUUUACGUACGCCGAUGUACUGGAACGAUCCGUUCGACUGGCAAACCGGUUCCACCGGCUGGGUAUUAAGAAAGAUACGGUGGUGGCGGUUAUGUGCGAGAACCGUAUCGAGAUGCCGAUCGUGACGUUUGCGGCGACGUAUUUGCGAGCGAUACCGAUUCUUCUCAACCCGGGCUACACCGCUACGGAGCUGGCGCAUGUGUUGAAGCAAACGCAACCGCGUGCCAUCUUCGCGUCGCCCCUGGCAAUGGCCACCCUGCAGCCGCUGCUGAAAACCGUGCCAUCUAUAAAGUUAACCGUUCUGUUUGGUGACAAAAAACCGCACCCGAAGGUAACACUGUUUCAAGAACUGUUUGACCGGAACCGGGCUCAGUACAUUAGCUUCACACCGCAACCAGCACAGCUGGACGAUCAGGUCGGUCUGAUGGUGCUAUCCUCGGGUACUACCGGGCUUCCGAAGGCAGUCCAGCUGACGCAACACAACAUCAUGUGUGUGUUGGCGUACAUGCGUGAAAACUCAAAAGUCAUACCGUUCGAACAGAUCGGACUGGGGCUGCUACCCUAUUUUCACGUGUACGGUUACAUGGUGCUGAUGCACUCGCUCGUAAACUGUAGAUUGCUUGUAACGCUGUCCCGAUUCGAGCCGACGCUUUUCCUCUCCACGAUCCAGAAGUACCGUGUGACGAUCGCAUCCAUUGCUCCACCGCUGAUGGUUUUCCUCGCAAAGCAUCCGCUGGUCGACAAGUACGAUCUAAGCUCGCUCGUUUUCCUUGGCUGUGGGGCAGCACCGCUAAGCAAGGAGCUCGAGCUGGCCGUUAUGAAGCGUUUGCCGAACCUGCAAAUGAUUCUGGUCGGGUAUGGGCUCAGCGAAACAUCGCUCGGUGUUACAACGCGGGCCUCUGACGUGCACGGUAGUGUCGGCAAGGUAAACAAGCUGAGUUGGCUAAAAGUGGUCGACGUGAAGACGGGCCGUACACUCGGUCCACGGGAGACAGGUGAAAUCUGCGUCAAGGGUCCGUUAGUCAUGAAGGGAUACCUUAACAAUGAACGCGAAACGCGCGCUAUGAUUGAUCGUGACGGUUGGCUGCAUACCGGCGACACCGGCUACUUUGAUGAGGACGAAAACUUCUACAUCGUCGAUCGCAUAAAGGAUCUUAUCAAGUACAAGGGCUUCCAGGUGCCACCGGCCGAGGUGGAAGCGGUACUACUGACGCAUCCAAGCAUUAAAGAUUGUGCCGUGGUGGGACGUCCGGAUCUUUCAGCCGGUCAGCUGCCUGCCGCAUUUGUGGUGCUGCAACCGGGCGCAAACCUUACCGAAGCCGAGGUAAUACAAUACGUAGCCGAACGGUUGUCCAAGCAGAAGCAACUUCACGGUGGUGUUCGUUUCAUGCACGAAAUACCCAAAACGGCCAGUGGAAAAAUUUUACGACGCGAGCUAGCUGCACUGUUCCCCAAGGCGAAGCUCUAAAUCAAGCGAAAGUGACACGUCACGCUGAUAAAAGUGGAUCAUAAUGUAAGCGUGAGGUCAAUAAAUGCGGGAGGUUGGACGAGAAGCAAAUAAACAAUUGUAUCGCCACGACGAUAAGGAACCGUCAACGAUGGAACGUUUGUUAAAUAGCAGGGCAGGUUGAUAACGAAUAACUGCUGGUUCAUUGUACGAAUUUUUGGCAAGAUUCCCUGCAAGUUCCCCGCAGUGAUUCAGUGAAAAAGGGUGUAUAAAAAGACUGUAGACAAGAUUCAUUGUAGAUGUAAUUUCAUGGAGAUUAUGUAGUUAAACAUAAAUGGGAAUUUGUUAGGCAUUAAUAAAUAGAACCUGUAUCAGUAGUAUAAUAUGUCUAAUCGAUUGCAAAUAGCGAAUACGAACAAACCCUAAGACAACCAUUUUGUUAUCUCCAGUAUUAAGCAUGUUAUCUUCAAAACGCCAAACACAACUUAUUUUUGUACUUCAUGAUAACAUUAAAGACCAAUGCUAAGAUGAACAU